GAACGGCCGCCUGUAUUGUUGUUUCUUCUGAGUAGGCUCUUGCUGGCUCCGCUGACUCUCUGCUGACGUUGUGAAUUGGCCGCCCAGCCCGGAAAAUGCGAGCUGGAGCUCUUGCCGUGCCACGGUAGUUCUCGUGCCUUUGUCAGCAGCGGAAUCGAAUUAACAAAACAGCAAAACACAGCAACACAGAUUGUGCACCGUCAUCGAGGAUCAAAGAAGUGUCGCUCCGGUCAAACACGUGGUCGGGACGGAAUUGAGUGCGCCCCAGAACGAAAUGCAACCGUACUUUCUACAUUUGUGUUUGUCGUGAUUUGAGUUAACCAGCAGUGAUCGACGAAACGAACGAAAAGUAGCAACGGCCGAGGCAACGGCAGUAGCAACGAUCGUGACCUUUCUACCCUGAUACAGCAGUAAAAGUAGCAGUUCCGGAGGAGUAAAGAAUUCCGGGGUCCCAACCAUGCUGUCCGAAAUAGAGGAGCUGCCCUCGGUGCAGCUGGGCGACUAUGUACUUCGCUUUGAGCUGGAAGAUCUGACACCGUUCGGCAAGGAGGUGGCCAAGAACGAGCUGCGAGAAACUCCGGAAAUCCGUGAAUCCAGUAUUCAGGAGCUCCGGACAUUACUUAAAGAAGUGGAAGGAUUGGUAGUACCGCUCGAUAAUGACGACUGGAUGAUUCGUUUUCUGCGGCCUUGUAAAUUCUACGCGAAGAGUGCCUGUGAGCUGAUUCAACGGUACUACCAGUUCAAGAUCAAACACUGGGAUAUGUACAAUGAGCUGAUGCCAUCGAAGGAAGCCAACAUCUUCAAGCAGAACAUUCUGGCCGUGUUUCCGAACCGUGAUCAGCUCGGACGCCGCGUGCUGUUGCUCGAGCUGGGUAAAAAUUGGAAACACAAAGAAGUGUCCCUGGAUGAGGUGUUCAAGGGUUGUGUGCUGUUCCUCGAGGCGGCUAUGUUGGAACCGGAAACGCAAGUACACGGUGCCGUUGUGAUCUUCGAUAUGGACGGGCUGACGCUGCAGCAGGCGUGGCAGUUCACGCCGCCUUUCGCCAAGCGUAUUGUCGACUGGCUGCAGGAUGCGGUACCGCUUCGGAUCAAGGGCAUCCACAUAAUUAACCAACCAAAGAUCUUCAACAUGGUAUUCGCCCUGUUCAAGCCGAUCCUACGCGAGAAGCUGCGGAAUCGCAUCAUCUUCCACGGCACCGAUCGCGAUUCGCUGUACAAUCACAUCUCCAAGGAGUGUCUGCCCGCUACAUAUGGUGGUACCGUGGACGCACCUCGGGUGCAGGGUGAACAGUGGUACGAGUUGCUACUAAAGUGUGACAACGAGUACAAGGAAAUCAACCAAUACGGUUACACUAAGCAACUCGAGGAGCUGCGUAACAAGAAAAACAAGAAAAAGUGACGAUCCCCUAUAGGUACAUACCGCCCGCCGAACGCAGGAAUUUAGCGAGAACCGUUGCGUGCCAAAGUGGGUCCACGACACCACGGUUAGAUAUCUGGUAUACCGGAUGCCGUUGCGACGAGCGAUGUAUUUUUUGCCAUCACUUCAAUUCACACUUGUUCAACAACACCACCUGGCACACAGGCACUUAAUACUAUCUCAUAUCUUGUUUCGGACUCCCACCGUAUAGCAAACAAAAUUGCCAGCCACCACGUGGUAGCAUCACGUGGAGUACUUUUUAUUAAUCCAGGUUAUGGGAUUCGACACAAACCAGAGUAGGGGCUUUAGGCACCGCCAACACACAGGGCUGAGAGUUUAGUUAAGGCUGAGGUUGCCCGAAAGGCAGCGAUAAACAGAAGACACGCGGCUUUACAAAAUGGUGUGAUAAGAGUUGAUUUAAAACGAAUGAUAUCCGCUCAAAGUAUGUUGUUUUUGGUGAUCCUUUCAAACGAUGUUUUAUGCGCUUGCGGGUGCAUCGGGGCGUAGCAUUAGUUAUAAUAAAGUAAUACUACAUCGAAACGAAAUGCAA